CCAGCAGUAGAAGGUGAUCACAUGACCCUGACAUGUGAUACAAGACUCAGUCCGCUCAGACCGAGGACAGAACUGCAGUUUGCAUUCCAUAAAGAUGGACAGAACAUUCAGAGAUUCGGUUCCUCUGAUCAAUAUGAACUCCAGUCCGCUCAGCUGAAGGAUUCUGGGAAUUAUUUUUGUGAAGUGAAAACAUCUACCACCAAUGUAUCAAAGAGGAGCAAGAUGUUACCUUUACAAAUAAAAGAACUGUUCUCGCAGCCAAAAAUAAAACGAAUCCGACAUCCAGUGGUAGAAGGUGAUCAUGUGACCCUGACAUGUGACACGAGUCUCAGUCCGCUCAGACCAAGGACAGAACUGCAGUUUGCAUUCCAUAAAGGAUGGACAGAAUAUUCAAGAGAUUCGGUUCCUCUGAUCACUAUGGAGUCCAGUCCGCUCAGUUGAAGGAUUCUGGGAAUUAUUCCUGCGAAGUGAAAACAUUUACCACCAAUGUAUCAAAGAGGAGCAAGAUGUUACCUUUACAAAUAAAAGAACUGUUCUCGCAGCCAGAAAUAAAACUAAUCCAACAUCCAGCGGUAGAAGGUGAUCACGUGACCCUGACAUGUGACACGAGUCUCAGUCCGCUCAGACCAAGGACAGAACUGCAGUUUGCAUUCCAUAAAGAUGGACAGAAUAUUCAGAGAUUCGGUUCCUCUGAUCAAUAUGGAAUCCAGUCCGCUCAGCUGAAGGAUUCUGGGAAUUAUUGCUGCGAAGUGAAAACAUUUACCACCAAUGUAUCAAAGAGGAGCAAGUUGUUACCUUUACAAAUAAAAGAACUGUUCUCGCAGCCAGAAAUAAAACUAAUCCAACAUCCAGCGGUAGAAGGUGAUCACGUGACCCUGACAUGUGACACGAGUCUCAGUCCGCUCAGACCGAGGACAGAACUGCAGUUUGCAUUUCAUAAAGAUGGACAGAAUAUUCAGAGAUUCGGUUCCUCUGAUCACUAUGGAUCCAGUCCGCUCAGCUGAAGGAUUCUGGGAAUUAUUCCUGCGAAGUGAAAACAUUUACCACCAAUGUAUCAAAGAGGAGCAAGUUGUUACCUUUACAAAUAAAAGAACUGUUCUCGCAGCCAGAAAUAAAACUAAUCCAACAUCCAGCGGUAGAAGGUGAUCAC